AUGGCUGCGGAAGAAUUGGUUGAGCUCAAAUUCAGGCUUGAUGAUGGCAGUGAUAUUGGACCAAUCAAAUACAGUUCCAGUACAACCGUGGGAUUUCUCAAAGAAAGGAUAAUUUCACAAUGGCCCAAAGACAAAGAAAAUGGGCCAAAAUCCAUAAAUGAUUUAAAGCUUAUUAACGCGGGAAUGAUUCUGGAAAAUAACAGAACACUUAGGGAAUCACGAUUGCCACUCACUGAAGUUCCUGGAGGCGUCAUCACUAUGCAUGUUGUUGUGCGUCCUCCUCUUCCUUACAAAAAUACUGAUAAACUAAAGGAUGAUGCCAUGAUGAAAAGUGGAUGUUCGUGCUCUAUCUUAUUCAAAGUAGAGACGCCAAGUUUACCUGUUCAUAGAUUCAGUGCUUUGACAUUGUUGAUGCCCAAGAACUCAAUAGAAAAAGGAGCAAAAUCAAAGUGUAUUGGUUUGAGAUUGGGUUGUAAAAUUUCUCGAGGAUUUCUUGAGAAUAGAUGA